AUGGGGGCCGCGAGCGAACUCGAUGUUUGCCAGAAGAACUUGGACCAGAAGACCUUUGAGGCCAUGCAAUCCGAAGUGGAGUGGGACAUGAAAGCCUUCGAGGUGCAUCGCAGCAACAAGGAGAACUACCUGGUCUCUGUUCGUAACCAACAGCUGCAGCAUGAGAAGGAGCUCCUGGCUGAUGCCCGCAAGGCCGUUGAUGCCUACUUCGAACAAUAUGUGACUCGCCUGCAAUACCUCAGAGUGUUUUUGCAGUUAAAUCGCACGCUGCGACCUGGUCCAGAAAGUGAAGCUGAGGCAUCCUUGCGAGUCUGGGAUGAGAAGGAUGCUGGAGUGGUGGCAAUCGCGAACACAAAGACUGACAUUGCUGCUGUCAGCCAGCGACACCACACCCAAGUCUCCGUGGUUUUCGCGAAUUACACGGCUCCUUGCUUGAUUGCCGCGAACCACUUUACAGCAUCCAUCAAUUUGAUGCAGCAUGUGAUGGCGGAGCACCCGGAAAACGAACAGGCUGUGAUGAAGAGCAUCGCAAACAUCAAUCUCGUCACAGACCACACGUUUUCGCUCGUCUUCGACGACCGAGUGGAUGCCAGAGACGAGCGACCUCUGAACUACCACGGAAGACUGCUGAUGGUGCCGCCUGUCCACGCAACGCCGCCUCAGUCGCUGUGGAAGAAAAGUUCUCUGUUAGUCAAGGGCCGCACGAACCCAGCCAAGCAGCUUCCAGCUGGGCAAAUGCUUCGCAUCGAAAUGAUCGACCAGAGCACCCUGCCUAGUGUCACUGGGGACAUUCCCCUGAAAGGAGCCGCGAAGUAUGCUCAGCUCGGCAAAGACGCCUGCUCCGCCCUGGUUUCGAGCCUGUUCGAGAACGUCGACAUCCCGAGCACGAUGCUGGUGCACUUGCUCGACUUGGUGCCGGACGUGGGCAACAUGUGGCAAGCUUUCGUUCAGCUGCAGCAGACCUCGAACCACGCACUGCACUACACCGCCAUGCUUCCGGAUGCUACGUCCCAGGAGUGGUUUGAGACCACGCACAAGUCCCUCUUGGUCGACCAGCGCCCAAAACAGGUGCCGGCGACGGCACUCGUGGAGCCUGCGGCUCCACCUUUGAAACGAUUGGUCUACGGCAAGGAUGACAAUGAUGUGCCGGUCCUGCUCAGCUUUUCCGAAGUCGACAUUCGCAAGUGGUGCAGCCACCCGAUUUUCAAGGAUGAGUUUCAGACUUUGAAGCAGCAGUUGGCUGACAAGUACGGCACGCUGGAAGAACUCAAGGCAGCUGCAAAAGCUCAGGCCAAAGCAGGAGUCAACAAGCGGCCUUCACCCGCAGGCUCUUCGGGGAGCCAAGCCAAGAAGCUCAAGAUUGAGGACAGCGACCUUGUCGGCUUGGAUGACAUGAAAGGAACAUUGCUGCAGGAGGUGCCGAUCGGAAACGCUGUGCGAGCAAAGGGAGAAACUGAGCAAGUCUACUUCGUGCUCAGGGAUGGUGCGAUGUACAUCUGCAACAAGACUUCCCAGUCUGCGACGGUGCUCCAGCACGUGGUGCUGGCUGCCUUCGGCCGAGGCAAAUGGACCCAGACUCCCAAGCAGGGAGUCCUGAACAUCCCCUUCGAGCUGACGACCACCGACGACGUGGUCAUGAUCGACAACAAAGUGCUCGACCUGAAGCAGGUUCUCAAAGAUCACCAAAGGGCCGGCGAGGUCAUGGUGGCCUAUCACAAGACGACUCCUAAGCCUGGUGUGACUGACGACUACGAUCUGAAGAAAGAGCACAACGUCGUCUUUUUGCCCGAGGAGAACCAGGUGCCUCAGGAGAACGGUGUGCCGAAGUACACGCAGGGCAACUUGGCCUUGGCAGUGACCCCAUCGAAAUGGGAGACCAAAGGAACAGGGCUGAAGUGGACCUGUCGCUGGACGGUUACCGGAUUGACUCCGGUUCGCCCCUUGGUUUUGACGACAGCUGACAUUGUACUGCCGGCACAGAAGGCCUUGUUGUUGAGCUGA